AUGACACACUUCUUCAAUGUCAAAUGGAAUGAAAUGUCCACCAAACUAAAUGAAAUAAAGAACUACGUUCAGCCGUUUAUAAUUCCCGUUAACACUCUGAGGAAAUACAAGACUUCCAUCAACCGUCUCAGAAUAGGCUACACUCACCUCACCUACUCUCAUUUAAUGAAAAAUAAAGACCCUUCUAUUUGUUCAUGCUGUGGGGUCUCCUUCACAGUUAAACAUGUUUUAACCGAAUGCAGAAUCUACGACAGGGAAAGAGAACGAUUCCAGAUCUCCGAUCACCUUGUCGAAGUACUCAACCCCGAACCAAUCAACGUUUUCAAGCUAAUACGCUUUCUUUCACAAACCAACCUAUUAAAUAAAUUAUAA